UUCCUCUGCAGGGCAAUAACAAACGUUACAACAUAUACUCAUUGUCACAGUUCCUGCUUUGGAUUUGUUUCCUGCUUUGGGCAGUCUCAUUAGUAUUAGGCUGCGUUUAGGCCAACAGUACCCCAGCCCUUUCAUUUCUUUGAACGGAGCUAAUCCUGCGGAGUCAACGCGGGGCUCCGGGAAAACAACGCCUGUCACUACCAACAAGUUGAACCAGCAGACAGACGGGUUUGCGGAGGUUCCUCCCUCCAGCUGGUAUGCUGUCCAACAGCUUUAAAAGACGAGGCAAACUGCAGCCGAGUAAGAAGACAACAGCGUUGGACAGUGUUUUGCUUCAAUGGCAGCCUUUUCAGCGGUGUGGAUUCCCAUGCUGCCCCUGCUACAGCUGGCCUUCUGUUCUGUCAUCUCCAGACAUGCUCCAGGAGAUCCAGUGCUGCUGGACGAGCAGUCAGCAUCCUCCUUCCUGUCCCGCUCACUGCUCUAUAACAGCUGGGACUUUGAGAUAGUGGUGGCUGACAAUCUGGAGAGGGAGUGUGCAGAAGAGAAGUGCAGCUAUGAGGAGGCCAGAGAGGUGUUUGAGGACGACACCCAGACGGAAUUGUUUUGGACCAGCUAUGUCGACAGUCAAGCAUAUGCACCCAAAGUGGAUGUGUCAGGGCUGGUGGCAGGGAUCCUGGCUGUCCUAGUGUCUGCUGUUAUUGCCACUGUGCUUGGAAUCUACUGCUACAAAGCCAAGAACAAAGCUGGACGGAGAGCUCCGGUGAGGAUGGCAGCAGAUGGGCGUCCAGCCCCAGAGACGGUGCCUCUGGCUGGUAUCUUCUCCCCAGGUCUACCCAGCUACAAUGAGGCUUUGAACCGCAGUGGGCAACACGAUGCCGCCCCACCACCUUAUUCAGGGGGUGCGCCAUCAGAACCUGCUGAUCCCGGAGACAACGAAUGAGAGGGCUGGCAGAGCCUCUUCAAUAAGGUUGAUGCGCACUGGUGGUUUGAGUAAACUUUCGAAUAUUGCAUGUUUUUUGAUAUACUGUAUUUAUAAGAUAAGUUAAGACACAAUUCCUAGAUACACACUACUGACAUUAUGAUCUGCAUAUUGGCUGACCAGUAGUACAGAUGUGAUGCUAAAAGUGGGUAUAGAUGAGGGUGUGGUUGCACUGUACACCAAUCUGUGUUGAGUUUGUAAGGUAUACUUGAU